AUGAUCACUGGACAAAUUCGACAUCGAAGGAAACUAACGAAAUCCAUCUUUUUUGUUGAUAUUCAGCCUAAAGAAGGACCUAAAUCCCAAGUGUUCUUUAGAACAGAUGAUCAGUCACUCGAUCCUGUUGAUUUCCAAGACGCGUUUCGGGCAUGUAAACCUGGUCAUGUCGUUCAACUUGAAAUUAUGGAUCCACUCGAUCCCUCUGAAGCAGAAAACAAAGAUUUUCCUGUAUGGCAAUCCGCUCGACCUGUUCAAGUGAUCUUGCCUUAUGCUGAUCGAGAAGGAUUCAUUCAGGAUCGUGCCUUGGGUUCUGUAGGCCAAGUUCCUUUACGAUUAGGGGAUGGUACGAAAAAAGAAAAAGGCCGAUUGAUCUGUAAAUAUUGGAUCAACAAAAACAAGUGUGAAAAGGGUCAGGAUUGUCCAUUUCAGCAUCCUACAGGUGAUGCCUUUGAGAAGGCAAGAACACAAUGGUUACAACAAAAAAUUACAAGUAAGAAAAUAGCCAAUUUCGAUCCCAAUGAUCCUCACACCUCUAAAAAGCCCCAUGGCAUACGUGCUAUUAUAUUUGCAGAUUGGAUCCAAAAGACAUUUAAAGACCUGAAUGGAAUUGUGCUAGACGUAGCAGGAGGUAAAGGGGACUUGGCCAUGAUUCUCAGUCGAGGAUUUGGUAUUCCUUCUGUUGUGGUUGAACCCAACCAACGCAACUUACCGAAUUAUUGGUAUACACGCCUACGUCGCUUACUCUAUCGAUUCGAAACAGGUCAUCUCGGUCAACCCGAUUGGAAGUCACAAGCUAUUCAGAUCCAUCCAGACCAAUGGCCUUAUCCUAUCACACCCACUUACUUACAUACCUUGUUGGAUGAUGCGUUCUUGAUCCAUCAUGCCGAUCUCAUAAGUCAAGUGGGUUUAUUUCUCGGUCUUCAUGCAGAUCAAGCCACUAUUCCAAUCGUGGAAGCAGCACUCAAAGCACAAAAGCCCUUUGCUGUCGUACCUUGUUGUGUCUUUAGUCAUCAGCAUCGAGACCGUCGCUUAAGAUCUGGUGAACUCGUCACGACAACAGAACAGCAGAUUCAAUACAUUUGUGAAAUGAGACCUCCUGGCGAGAUCAAGACGGCUUAUUUAGACUUUGAAGGUAAAAAUGUGGUAGUUUAUUGGAAUAAAUCAUAA